GGCGCGGUCAAGGAGGCGAUCGACUCGACGGCGUUCGACGCCGCGAUUGCCGACGCCAAGGCGGCGGGCGCUGUCGCCGUCGUCGACUUCACGGCGUCCUGGUGCGGCCCGUGCAAGCGCAUCGCGCCCCACUUCGCGAAGAUGUCGCUGAAGUACGGCGACGUUCGCUUCCUCAAGGUUGACGUCGAUCGCGCGAAAGACGUCGCGGCCAAGGCUGGCGUCAGGUGCAUGCCGACGUUCAUGUUCUUCAAGGGGGGCGAGAAGGUGGGCGACGCCAUCGAGGGCGCGGACCUGAAGGGCAUCGAGGCGCGGCUCCUGGAG